AUGGCUGGGUCGUUGGACCGUGACGCCUACCUGCGCCUGCUCGAACACGGCAACGAAGAGAGCUUGGCCGCCUUCCUCAUGAGGCUUGCGGCAAGUCAAGGGAAUGACCUCCAGGAGGAGACGUUGCUCAUCAUUCGGCGUUUGGCCAAAGAGUGCUGGUGGGAGAAGAAGGAUUUUGGCGAAUUGCUGCUCUGCUUGGGAAUGCCUGCUUCCAGCUGGGCUGUGGACGCGGAGCCGUCAACAGCCACAGACCCGCUCAGUGGGACAUCCACGACAGUUCAGUCUGAAAUCCCACCCCCACCGGACGAUGCUGCAGAGGAGUCGAAGACCUUGAGCUUCGUGGUGGAGCCUUCCGCUGGAUCGGCUCUUGGGGGCACCACGGUCUCUUGGAUGCGUGGGCCUAUACCCAUUGAGCUGCGCUUCGGCAAUAGACACGCCGCGCCGCUGCGCGGCGGGCAGUUUCUCGCACCCUACCACGAGGGUGCCGAGGACGUCGACGUCAUUGCCGUCUUUGAAGAUGGGGUCAAGGUGUGUUAUGCCAGUGCCUUCUCCUACUAUACCCCUGGAGUACUGGAGGCGAUGACGCCAGCCACUGGUGGCACAAUGGGAGGCAUGCAGGUGGAGGUCACGACGUCCGACCUGGGCGCAGAAAUUUGUCAGGUCGUUUUGGGGGAGAAGGAGUGCCAACUUCUUGGCAGGCCAAGCCGAACGAGGGCUGCUUUUCUGUGUCCACCCUGCGAAGAGGAGGGUGCUGUUCCACUUCUGGUGGUGGCCUCCAACAGCAACCGUGUUCUUGCGAAGGCAGCUUUUGUCUAUGCGGACACCAUGUGCUUCGGUGCCGUAGGCACCUCCGUGGAGGUGGCGGAAGAUGCCACGCAAGCGCGGAAAGGGAAGGGCGUGAUGGACGGCGUUUGUCUCAGUGCGCAGCCUAUACGUCGAACGGCCACGGGCCAUUUCUUCCAGAUCCGUGUCGAUGAGAUGGGUCCGAAGAAUAUGAGAGGCCUCGCGCUGGGUGUGGCGCAGUUGCAGCCGCAGGAUCUUCUCAACGCGAAGAGGCCGCGACCACAGGAGGCAACUGGCCUAUCGCGAGCCUGGCUUCUGGGCUACGACCGAGGCGGCGCGCUCUUCAUCGAGCCUUCCGCCUCAGCGGCGAAGCUCCCUACUGGCAGCUGGCGUCCAGUCACAGAUUUGAAG